CGAAUCGCCUUAUUUCAAAAGCGAGCGUGUCUGUGCGAGGUCAACAGUCGAGAGUCGAGCCGACUUGACGAACGCCAAGCGAUUCAGUCGAUUCCCAGUCGCGGACGCGCUAGAAUAGCGCUCAGUCACACAGUCUGGUUAAGCGGCAUCAACGAAAACCGCUGUUCGUUCCAGAAGAAAUGCAUUUGUCUGUCGGUACUACAUUUUCAGUGUGGAAAAAUCUCAUCUUGGAUCGUGUGCGAUCGGCUCUUUGGAAAACUCUGUACGCGUCCUAAUCGAGACUAUGCGUCCGUAUUAAGAACAAAACUCUUUUGUGAGCUGUAAAAAUUAUUAGUAGGAUAUUAAAGUGUGUUGAUGGUGGUGAUAAGUUCCUUCGAUUCUGUUGUGGUACUAUGUGCAGUGUCGAUGCCGUCUGUGAUAGUUUGUGUUCACUGUGAUCUAGUUCUAUAAGGAUUAAUUUUAGACUUGUUUGCGUCCAAACUGGAUAUCCUAAAAAAGACUGACUUUCAAACUUGGGCAUGGCACGGGCCCGACAUGCCCGGUUGUAACACGGUAUGCCCCAACUGCAAGCACAAGUUUCCUUGUUGCCCCCCGGGCACCACCUCCACCGCCGCCUACCCCGGAAUAGCCGCCUCCCUACAAUGUCCGAGCGUGCGCAGAUCGUUUGUGCUGAGCGGAGGAGGCCUCGUGGGGGGCCCGGUAGCGCCCAGCUUAGCUCCACCAGCCAGCCCGUGUUCCUCACCUCAGAGUUCGCCUGGAACAAAUAUCUCAUUUGUCCUGCCUACUAUACCUUUGCAAGUAGUACCUCCUCCCCAGGAAGCCAAGCCAGAAGCAGAGUUGCGACAGUUGGCAGAUACCGUUCGGGCUCUUCGCCAAUCAGGCUGGUUCUACGAGGGUAUUAGUUCCGAUGAAUCCAACGAAAUGUUGAAAGAUACCGAGAUCGGUACCUUUCUCGUACGGAACUCAUCGAAUCCCAAGUACCUUUUUUCUCUAAGUGUUCAAACAGAGAGGGGUCCCACCUCCGUGCGCCUGUACUAUACCAACGGGUACUUCAAGCUGGACUGCCAGGUCCAUCUACAACACGUCUUGCCCGCUUUUCCCAAUGUGAUAGAUCUUAUUCAGCACUACGUGCAAGAGUUUGAAAGAUGUAGCCAAAAUCGCAAUAUGCAAGUGUGGGUAGACAACCGAGGCAAAUGGUUCUCGUCGAUCCGAAUCAAGGCUCCGUUGAGGAAAGGGGCAGAACCGCCCAGCUUAAAACACUUAUCUCGCUUGGCCGUCCACAAAGCGAUUCAAAGGUCCGGCAAGCCCAAACUAGCCCUCCUAAUGCCCCACAAACAGCUAGAGUUACCCAUUCCGUUAAUAUCGUACCUAUCCGAUUAUCCGCACUCUAUAUGAGGGUUAAGUCUGUUGAAGGAUCAUCUGAUAAUGAUCCUCAAGCUUCAGUAUAUAUGGGCAAACGUUUAGCUAGGGUAGUUCUCGCCAAAGACUGUUAUCCGGUACCAUUUACAUACCGAUGGCCAGGUACUAGGGAUGUUAAAAUCGUGGCUCGAGUGCUAAACGACACAUUUUCGCUAUUAAAGGCAGCUUAUAUUGAUUACCUUGCAAUAUAGAUUUUUUUUGUUUAGACAGUAUUUCCUUUGACUUAAAAACUCGAAAAAAAACAUGUAAUUGUUUAGCACAGAACCAAAUUGCCUUGGGCCAACAUUGAUUUGAUCAAGAAAGGCUCUAGAAAUAAAACUUAGUUAGAAUAACAAAUUGUAGAUGUAAUUCUGUCUGUUAAUCUGUGUGUAGUUUGUAAAACCAUGUUAGAAUAAUUGAAUUCAGUGUAAUUUGGGUUAAAAAUUUGAAGCAAACUGGGAAAAUAUAUUUUUUGUAAAUUAUUUUUAAUAACACUUCAAGUGUAUUAUGUUGUUGAAAUUGGGAAUAUUUAUAACAGAUGUAUAU